AUGACAUUCGCCAUCACUGGUAUCAAGAAAGGCCUUGGGCCUGGCGAACAAGUACCUCUUCGCCGGGAGAUCGACGAGUGGUGGGACUCAAAGGAUAAGAAUGAUCUUUUUCAGAAGUCUUUGUACAUUUAUGCGUUGCAUGAAUUCAAGAAGAUGGACCCUAAAGAUCAAAAGUCUUAUUUCGCCGUUGCAGGCAUUCAUGGCCAGCCCCUAGACCCAUGGGACACAACGCAGGCCAAAUCGGCCUGGUACUGCACUCAUGGGACUCCCCUUUUCCCGCCAUGGCACAGGCCAUACCUGUUGCUCUACGAGCAAAGACUCUACGAGAUCAUGUUGGAAUUGAUUCCCCGCACUUUUGCUCAACAAGAUAUUGCUGCUGCAACUCAUGCUGCAGAGACCUGGAGACUCCCAUACUGGGACUGGGCAAUGAAAAAGCCGGAUUGGCACGCACCAACGGAUAAGUUUAAGCUCGGUCCUAAUGUCCCGUAUCUCCUGACCGUGGAGACCGUCGAGGUCAUGACCAAGACGGGUGUCGCCACUGUUGAUAAUCCCAUGUGGAAAUUCUCGGUUCCGGCCUCAGAUCCGAACAAGAAAACUUUUGGCAAUUAUGGGAUUACCGAGUAUUCAAGCCGCCCAUUCCAACUUGCCAAAGCCACCAGCAGACAUCCAUCAACCCUGGAUCCAAGGGACCCAAAUUUUAUCUCAGCAUGGGUUGACGGCGAGAAGCAGAACUGGGAUACAAUCACUGGUGAACUUCGAGGUGCCCAAGCUGUAGAUAGCAACACACUCCCUGAGGCUGUGUACCGCCUCUUUCUUGAGGAAUACCUCCUCACAUGGAAUGAGUUUUCAACCGAUGGGUUCCGCCGCGGACAGCCAGCCCAAUCGUAUUCUUCUCUUGAGGACAUUCAUGGCAACCUCCACGUGUUUACUGGUGGUAAUGGCCAAAUGGGCAGUGUCCCCGUUGCAGCAUUCGAUCCUAUCUUUUGGUUGCAUCACUGUAAUGUCGACCGCCUCUUUGCCAUUUAUCAAGACCUAUACCCUAGCAAAUACGUCGAAAAGUUCACGAUCCCCGGCCGCGGUAGUAAGCCCGCCGAUGCUAACUCAAGCCUCGCCCCUUUCCACAUGGAUGCGAAUGGCACACCUUGGACGGCAGCCGCCUGUCGCUACCAACAAAAGCUAGGCUACACGUACCCAGAACUUCAAAAAUGGCUUGACAUCUACAAAACCAACGGUGCCUUCGAUGCCGCCAAGUACCAGAAAUCAAUCCGCACCACCCUUGAGCUCAAGUAUAGCACCACUGGAAAAUCGACCCUGCUUCUCCGUCAAAAUAACAAGCUCGCCACCACUCUGUUGGCAUCGCUGCCACCGCAGAACUUACUUGUGGAGAACUUCCCUCCCGUGCUCGCGAAGCAGGCACGUGAGAUUCAAGAGAGUGCCCCCGCUCCUCCAGUAGAGGCGGCACCGCCUACACCGGCCGAAGGGAACUGGGAAGCGUAUGAUUAUGUGAUAAAUGUUCUUUAUGACAGAUUCGCCCUUGGAGGCUACCCAUAUGCAAUCCGCUUCUUCCUAGGCGAGGUCCCAGUCCCUCCUCCCUCAGCCGAUGCUCCAGCUUCCAACCAACCAACACCUCUCCCGUUCGCGGACACACCAACCCAAGUCGGCCUUGUGUACAACUUCAGCGCGCCAUCCGAAUUCCGCGGCGUGGAUCCGUCAGGAUGCGCUAACUGCAUACGACAACAGGAUAAUGGCGAGCUGAGUACCGGCCAGUGCAUCUUGACCGAUUAUCUGGUAGAGCAUAUCCAAAAGGACGUUGUGGGCCGCGGGAUUCAGUUGAAAUCUUUGGAGAAGGACGAGGUGGUAAAUUAUUUGAAGGCUAAUUUGCAUUGGAGAAUCACGGAUCAAAACAGCGUCAUCGUCCCUAAAGAAAGCGUGGCCAAUCUCAAGGUCUCUGUCGCAGUCGGCCACGCGACGCAUUUUCUGCAGGCAGCAACACCAUCCAAGUAUGAGAACUACGAGGUUCUGUGGGAAGUUACCGAGGGAAGACUCGCGGGCGCUGUGCCUGGGGAUUUGAGCUAA